UUUCAAUUUACACGAAAUACGCUAUGCUAAGACUGCACGCAGGGAACUAGGAAUUUAAGUUAUCAUUAUGGAAAUGUCCAACGUGGAAGAGGAAGUUGCCGGGGACAACGAGGUGAUCGCGCCUCCGGAGGAGACAUAUGACGAUGAGGACUUUAUUCCUGCAGCUGACGAACCAGUAGAGGACGAUGAGCCCGUGCAAGCUGCCGAAGCAAGUUACGCAGCCGACGACGACUAUGCGGACGACGCGCAAGAGGAGGACGCAGAAGAUGCAGAGCCAGACCGGGACCCCGGACCAGAGCAAGAGCCAGAGAGGGAACCGGAUCAGGAGGCAGUGGGUGAUCCUGAGCAAGACCAAGAAGCAGAUCAAGAACCGGAGGCCGCCCGAGAGCCACAGCCGGAUGCAGAACAGUCAUAUCAGGAUGACUUCGAGCCAACCGGCGGUGCGAGCGUGUCAAAGCUUCCCGAUCAGGAGGACGAUCAGGACGAGUACGAGGACGACACAGCGGUUGACGAGCCUGUGGAGGACGACGAUGCCGCCGAUGAUGCCUCAGCCGCGCCUGUAGUAGCCGUGGCAGCGGCCGCUGCAGGUGUUGCAGCGGGGGCAGCUGCUGUCAGUACAGCGGCACUCUCCAAAUCCUCUAGCAGCAAGUCGAAGGUCUCAGCGACCGGAUCCAGGGCCGGCAGCGCAAAGGCCGCGGUAGCAGCUGCUGCGCCCGAGCCUGAGGCCGUACCGCAGCCGCCUGCUGCUGACGAGGAGCCCGCGGCAGCCCCAGCACCAGCCCCGGCGCCCAAGGCGGCUCCGCCCGCGCCCAAGCCAAGCGCCACAGCGGCUAAGCCAGCUGCUGCGUCUGCGAAGCCCGCUGCCGCGGCCCCAAAAGCUGCGCCCAAGCCUGCAGCACCAGCACCCAAAGCAGCGGUGCCUGCAACAAAGCCGGCGGCAGCAAAGCCAGCAGCUGGAAAGCCCACAGUGUCGGCUCCUAAGCCUGCGGUACCAAAGGCUGCCCCGGCCCCCGCCAAGCCGAUUCCUGCCAAGCCCGUGGUCACCGCCGUCAAGCCCGUCGUACCACUGGCCCGCGCACAGCCACCCCCGUCCGCCGUCGCUGUGGGCACGGGAGGCCAGAAGGUGAAGCUCACCUUCACGGGGCCGCCCAACACGCAGCGCGCCGCACCCACCGUCAAGCCCGACUACUCCCACAACAACUACGAGGUCCAGAAGAUCACAUCCGACAACAUGAAGCUUUGCAACCGCCUUGUGGAGAUCUCCCGUUCGCCGCCCAACCCUGCCUACACGAAUACGCUGUCGGUGGCUUCUGCCACCACCACCGGCAAGCUGGCGCCGGCGAAUGUGGCAGCGUCGACGGUCAACCGGCACAAGAAGGAGGACAAGAUUGCGCAGGAGAACCUGGCGCUGUACAAGCGGCUGCAGGCGGUCAAGCCUUCCAAAGACAUCAACCGCGACGUCCUGAAUAAGGACUUCGCCAAGACGCAAGCCUACGGCGACAACGCUCGCAAGUUCCGGCCCACCGCAGGCUCGGGCACAGGCUCCUCCGGCGGCGGUGCGGCUGUGAAGCCCGUCGCAGCAGGCGGCGCCAACAUCCGAAACGUGCCAGCACCCUUGGGCCCUUUCGCCACGACGUAUGGGCCUGGGCAGGGUCGGUCUAGCGCCUCGGGAAGCGGUGGUGCCGCGGCUGCGAUGGCUGCGCCACCACUAGAGGCGAUGGAGGAGCCUUCGAUGGUUUCGGAGCCGAACCCUGAGCCCGAGCCGUCUGAGGCACCUGUGGCCGAGGCGCCUGCGGCGGUUGACGAUGACGAGCCGGACUAUGAGGCAGAUGCGGAGUUUGAGGACCCGCCCCCGGCGGAGGAGGCUUCUACGGACGUGUUGGUGGCGGCGCGCUGAGGGAGGGAGGGGGUUUGGUUGGGGUUUGUGGUGUGGGCAUGGGCUUUGGCGCAGAUAAUAAGGCAUUAAUUGUAGCUUGCAGGGGGAAGGUAUGGUGACCUGGGUUAGGCGCCUAACCUGGAAACUUAUAGGUCAGGAGUGCGUACACCUUUAGGGCAGGAGAAGGAAAGGAAUCUUAGUCUAGACAUAUGCAGCGUUUGUUUGUUUCAAAAUUUGUUUGCAUUUAGUAUGCGUGCGUCCGCGUGCGACCACAUGGUAGUGUACCGGUACAGGUCCAUCACAGCGUAAAUGUAUUAUUUCGUGCGUGCAGUUAUCCAGCCGUAUGGCCGUAUUGCAUGGGGCUCCACAGGUUUGCUGGACUUCAUGUUACUCGCCUUGCCGGCGGAGGUUGGCGAGAUGCUUCCGAGUCGGCGUAUUUUCGAGUGCAAUUCCUUUAUGAGGGGUAUGUAUCCCAAGUGCACAAUGGCCUAGCGCAGCUUCCCUCUCAGGCCACUCCGAUCUCCUUACUCUGCUUUCUGCAUACGCAUCUUGCAACAUGCUGACCAUGGUUAAGAGAUUUUGGAUGAGAUCAGUGGCUUUAAACGCGUCUAGGAUUCGACGGUUGGAGUCGAUUACACAAUUGCGUAACAAAUGCCACCAAAUUGCGUAACAAAUGCCGUAUGUAUGUAUGUGUUACAAGCUUCGUACCGAGCUCGUAAGAUCCGUCCGAGCCAGAAGGCUCAUGGAUCGCGAGCACAAAACGCGAAAACAACCAAAAGAAGAAAAGUAAACAAAAGAGACAACAAACAGAACGCUAAUCAUAUGAUAAACCCUGUCUGCGCAAUCCUGCGACUUCGCAUGCUAGUGAUUACGCUAGCAAGCAAUGCCUGAUUCUCCAUGCCCAUGACAGCAAUCAUAUCAGCAUCCCGUGAGACACCACUUUCCCACAUCUUAUCACGCAAAUCAUCGUAAGCGGGACAUUCAAUGAGGAUGUGUUUCUCAUCUUCCACUCUCCCCGGCGACCCCUGCACGGCACACAUAGGACAAAUGCCACCCAUCGAAGAUCGAACCAUGAUAGCUUGUGCCGUACCGGUGCUUUUGCGACGAGCAAGGGCGUCAUGCCUGAAGGUUCGCCAUCGCAAACCUUUUUUAUCCGCAUACGCUUUACAUAUUCCUUUGGGGCGAGAGUUGCGCAAAUACCAAAGAUGGCUAUCUACGAUUUCCCAAACCUCAUUAAGCACUUAUCCGCGAAAUCGGAUUACCUCCUUAGUUGUGAAAGUGAAAUCGUCGAUUUUGGCGAUGCGCAGCUUGCCGCACUUGCAACGCAAUUGCUGGACGUCGCCCGAGCCGACCGGCGUUGGUUCUCCCUGGCCUUGUCGAAGACCGCGUACACGACUGCACUUCUGCGUGCUCUGGCGAUUAUCUUCAACAGCAGUAACCCAGCUGUCCGUCAGCUUUUGGAGGGGGUCGCUUGCCUUGCCGUCCAAGGUCUGCUUUUUGCCCUGCCAAAAAACAAAGCGGAUCAGCGUGAUGGAGUACGCUUUGCUCGAGCCAUUGUGCGCGUCAAAGCCCUUCAGUCCUGCAGCAAGGACCUCGCAAGCGCUGCUGGGGUUGCCACGGAUGUCCUUACGACAUUGCCGACUACUCCUGCGCCUGGGGAAGCCCAUGCCGAGGAUCGUGACGGCUUGGCAGCCAUCAGCAUCCGUCUUUCGGAAUGCGUCUACGAGAUCAGCGCCGCAAUGGAGCAAGCAGUGAACCUGCUGGUUUCCCUCUUGCAUGUUGCGGUGGUGUCUGCCAAGACUUGCCCGUCGGGACGGGACCUCGACCCAUUGCAGCGCUCCUACGUGCUCGAGCUGGUCACAGCCUUGAACGACAGCCAAGCAACCGAACACGGCGCUCGGACGAUCCUGCUUGCGACGUUGCUCUUCGCGGCAGGAAAGGACGCGGGUAUGUCCGAGGCCCAACUCCAGCCGCUGCGGCUUAUGCUGCUCAACGUGUAUGAGUUGUUCUUCAAUGCUGUAAACUCCCUGGUCGCGUUGCGAGCGCUCGGAGUCCAAGCUGCGGCUGUCAAGAGUAUCCUCACAAAGCCCUGCUUGAAGCACCUGCUGCUGUCAGCCGGGGUGACAGCGCUCUGCGCAGCGGACGGCGGCCCUUCUUACGGCCUGCCAGUAUCUCUAUUGCGGAACAUGCCCAUCCUUGGCAACGUUCACGGAGCCAUUGACGACGUUCGUGGCAGGACCGGACGCUUUGCGCUGCCGAAGGAGAUGUUUUCCUGCAUUGCGGGCGUGCUUCACCUCAGUGCAAGCACUCCAGCUACGGGCGGGCGUGGUGCCGUCGCGUUAUUGCUGCGGCUCGGUCGCCUGGCGGUCGCGUCCAUUCAAAUUCUCAUUGACAUCGAUCGAGAAGCCGCCUUCUCACGCAUUGUAGCUGGGGCAGGGACAUCAUGGUCACAGCCGCUGGGCUCGCCGCUGCCAUCCACCAUGCUGGCGGAAUGGCAGGCAACUGCUGCUGCCUCUGCCUCUGCUGCCGGUUCCACUAUGGGAGGCUCCGGCAAUAGCAGUGCUGCUGGUGCUGGCGCCAGCGGUAGCGGCUGGCCUCAAGCGGCUCCGCGGCCCGUGUCCCCGCAACUGUACUUCAGCCAGGAGGCCGCGAAUGAGAUGGGACAAAAGGUCCUGUCGUACACAUCCGUGGCGCUGUUUGGAUCUUCCACAGCAGCCGUGGCUGCAGCUGCUGCCGCUGGCAACGCCGGGGGUGUUGCGGCUGCUGCAGGCUGGCGGGUGGAGGCGGCGGUGGAGUGGGGGCGGCUGUUUGUGGACAUGUUGGAGCAGAUGAGUGGCCUCAUACCGGUGGAGAGGCUGGAGGAGAUGCGGCCGCUUGCAUUCCCGGACUGCUUGCUGGCGCCGGACGGCACGCUGCCUGCCAAGCCAACUCCUCAAACCGCCGCUGUCCUCGCCGCCGGGCUGAUUCCCGCCCUGGAGCGAUGCCUUCGACGCGCGGGCCAGGUCUUUGACAGCCCUGAAGCAGGCAUCGUACAGCACGUUCUGAUCAGCAUGGAUCUCCCCAUCAGCCACCUGCUAGCGUACGGCGAACCGCGGCAGGUGGCGGCGCUGGCCGUCAGCUUGCAGAAGGUGAUGCGAUGCAUGGAUGCCGGGCUGGGCAGCAGCAGUGCGGAUGGGGAGCCCUACUCGUGCGUGAGGUUGAUGAUGGCAUUGGGCGUUUGGUUUGCGGAAUUGAUUCGUGAGGGGCCAAAGUGGCUGACGGCGGCAGCGGAGGGAACGGCAGCGGUGGAGGCAGCGGCAGCAGCAGCGGUGGAGGCAGCGGCCGAGUCGGGGGCAGCGCGCCCGGCAGUAGAGAUGCAGCAGCCUCAACACGCGCAGGUGGCAGGCGCUGCCGGCGGCGUCAAUGGUGGCGGUGCUGCUGCCAACGGUACGGCAGCUCGGCAGUUGUCGGUCCUCGUGUCGUACCUGGCGAGUGAUCGGUUGCCUCGCAAGAUUGCAACGGAAAUGGAUAUGGCGCUGAACAUGGGGCCCAACGAUCCGCCGGCCGGGAACAUGGGCCAUGUGCCGUGGAUUCGCAUGCUGCCGUACUUUCCACCUGGCGACGUUGCUGCUGCUGCCAGCAGUAGCAGUAACAGCGCCGGCGUUGGCAGCAGCGGCGGCAGCAGCUGGCGACGGCUUCUGGACGGCAAGCCGGACCCAGUAGCAGCGUUGGGAGCAGCGCUACGUGAGGCGUUGCAGCUACGGCGUGACGGCGCCCAGCAGGACCUCGAAUCCUUGCUCUACCUGGCGGAAAGCCUGUGCGGAUUGGCGAGGGCCUUCGCCCAAAAGCUGCAUGAUGCAACCGUGGCUUACGCCCCGAUGGCCGCAAGGAGCCGCAUGCAUGGGGGCCAGCGGCGCGGACGCAGCAACAAACACGGCGGCAGCUCACCGUCCGCCAAGGCCUUGUUGGCUGCGUAUCUUGACGCUCCGUUGUCGUACUGGCCGCCUGAGGUGCUGCAAUGGUUGGCAAAGGAGUUGCGGACGGGCGGGUUGCAGGCGGCGGCAGCGAGUGUUGAGGCUCUGGCAGCUCAGCUAGAGCAGUGGGGCAAGGAGAGCGGGCCGGGAAGGAGUGUUAACACGGCGGACGGGCCGUUGGCGGCGGUUGUGCUGACGCCUCCGGAGAAGGUAGUUGCGGCGGCGAGGGUCAUCCCGGAGCCGGCGGCGAUUGGCGAGCUGUUGCAGCUCUGUUACAAUCCGGCGUGCAUGAACCUGGAGGGGGACAGCGAGGCGGGGCUGCUGCUGAAGGCAUGCGGGCGGUGUGGAGGGGCAUGGUACUGCAGCCGGGAGUGCCAAACGGCGCACUGGCGGGCGGGGCAUAAGCACAGUUGCGGGGCCAAGCGCGCAGACAGUAAUGCGGUUGAGGGGUAGUUACGGUAACAUUUGCGGCAUACGAGGGUAGUUGACGAUGUAUGUAGACCGAGCCCUCUGGCUCCGUUGGUGAUACGCUGGGAACAUGCAUGUACCGAUAUGUACCCAGGCACUGGAUUGUGCGUGGAGCGAGAACGUUGUGAAGGCGGCUGGGGCCGCAGCGUGGACUUUUCUGAUGUGGACUUGGAUGUGGUGCAUUGUACGGCAUAGCAGCGUGUGUUUUGAGAACUGGCCGCAAGCAGGAACGCACCGGUACUGAAAUGGGAAGCAUGUGCAGGGGGAGCUGAGUCAGUAGGCUAGCAGGGCUGAGAUACGAAUGCCCCUUGCUACGUGGAAUGGGAAUGAAAGAGGCAUGCAGAACCAGGUUAAUGCCGGCACUUAACGGCUGUAUUAAGGAUACUCCAACAUAUCAUUGUGUUGCGCCCUUGUUCAUUGCGACUUUUGUUGACGGCUUAUGCAGCUACCGUAAUGGAUCUUUGUUUAAUAGUUUGGCCGUAUCUUGCCCUCUGUGCGCUGCAAGCAGGUCGCUCCCAGGGCAAUAUUCCUGCACUGAUUUUGUACUAGUUCCGUACUGCAUUUGUACGGUUGUACUGCUGGAACGCGCUAGAUACUCGUGGCUCGGCUGGUCGAGCGUAUUCCAAGUGGGGAAGAAUUGACACUAUUGGUAAAUGUUUGUCCUCUUGACACGGUUGGUUUGAAUUGUACGAACGGCUUCCGGCACGGCCCAAACGGCUUCUCAGG